AUGGGGACGACGACGACGACGCCGAGAGGGACGGGGAGCGCGAGUCGAGGGAAAUCACCGCUUGGGUCGGCGUGGCGGGAGGAGAUGGCGAGGACGAGGGAACGGUUGGCGCGGUCGCGCGCGCUGUCGAUGGAGAAGACGACGGCGAGCGAGGACGGGGAUUCGGAGACGGAGGACGUCGACGCGGGAGACGUGGUCGUGGCGCUGGAGCGACGGUUGGAGGCGACGACGGCGGAGGGUUCGGUGGAAUCGCCGUCGAGGGCGGCGGCGGUGGAGGUGGGUGAGGGGAGCGCGGCGACGCGCGCGGAGGACGACGACGACGAAGGAGACGAAUCCGCGUGCGCGACGCCGAACGUGGACGAUCCACAAGUCGCGAUGGCGAUCGAGCGCGUGCGAUUAGUCGAGGAGCGCAAAACGAAGGAGACGGCGCGUAAACUCGUCGCGGCGAAUGAAAACGCCGCUCGAUUAAAGGCGCGCUUGCACGAGCUCGAGCUUCGAUUGAACGACAAGGAAAACGAGCUCGAGGCGAGCGAUCGUCGCGUGCAGGGGGCGGUGAAAGAGGCCGUGCGCGAUGUUUGGGCGAAGAUGGACGCGGCGAACGCGCAGUGUGUCAAGGCGGAGACCGAGCGGUGCGCCGCGCAAGUGGAGGCGCAGGAAGCGCGGCGCGAGCUCAUAGAGCUCGAAACUCGGUUGCGGCAGAGCGAACGCGAGUUGAGCGCGUCUCGAGCGAAUCACAAAAGCGUUCAAGACGAUAUGGCGAAGUUGAGAGAACUCGCCGCGGGUGCGAGCGAAAUCGAAGCCGAGGAACUCUGCGCCGAACUCGACGCGGCGCGCGCGGAGAUUGAACAACUCGAGGCGCGAUUGGAAGAGGUGCAAGAGGCGGCCAAUGAAAAGGUGUAUUACGAGACCGAGAAUCAACGCUUGGAGCGCGAAAAUGAAGACUUGGAGCGCGAGCUGACUUGGCGCAAGGCGGGAGAAGUGGAGUUGCGCGCCGCGCUCGAGCGUUCUGAGAGCGAAGUCGUGUUGCAUCGCGCCGAGAGCUCCAAGUCUGAAUCAGACGUCUACGCCAUGAUUGAAGCCAAAAACGCGGAACUCGAUGAAAUGCGUCGAUCGCUCAGCGAUGCGGAGCGUCGUUUAGCGGAAAACGCGGCGAACGCGGCGAAGUCAUCGUCGGAGCUCGAGGCGCUUCGAAGGCAAAACAUCGAGUUUGAAAAGGCCUUGCAAAGCGUCACCGUGGACGGUUCGUCGAAGCGAUACGAGCUCGAGAAAGAUUUUGCGACGGCGAUGAACAACAUCCACGAUCUUACGCGGGUGGUGGAGGAGACGCAGUACGAGCUGAAGCAAGCGCGAGUGGAGAAGGACAGGGCGAUCGUGGAAGCGCAAGAAGCGCGUCGCGCCGCCGCAGAGGCGUCGAGCGUGGAGGAAUAUAAAAUCGUCGAUCUCACUACUGAACUGGAAAGCGCGCUCGAGCACUGCGCGCACUUGCAGCAAGAGCUAGCCACGAUGCGCGAGCGCGAACAAGACUUGCUUUCGCAGCUCGACGACGUCAUCAUCGCCGCGCAGCUCGCGGAAGAGGAGACGGAAGUCGACAUCGAAGACGUUUCUGAAAGCGAAGAUCCCCACUCGCCUUCGCCGAUGAAGAACGCGCGCGCGCGCGCGUCGAGCUCGGGAUCUCGCAAGAUGAACGUUGCAAAUUUAGUCGCCACCAAUCGGGAUCUCGUGGACAUGGCUUCGAGGCAGUCGAACGAAAUCAGUCGUCUGCAAGCCGAACGGUCAAAGCUGCGCGCAGAGCUCACCAAGAGCGAAGCCGCGCUCGCGCGAUUAACCAAGUUCAAGGAUGAAAACCUCGCGCUCGCGUGCAAAUAUAAGGCGAAUUUGCAAAAGACGAGUGAUGAGAUCAAGGCGAGGCAGCUCGUGGAGUCUCGUUUGCACGAGUACGAACACACGGCGCGAGCGCUCGAGGAAACCGUCGAGCAACUUCGAAGCGAAUUAUCGCGAGCGAGCGAGCGCCGCACCGAAGCGGCGUCAAUGAAAGAAUCCUCAGAAAUUGAAAACCUUCGCGACGAGUUGAGCGAGAUGAAGAGAUCGCUAAAUGCCGUUCAAAUGGAGAAAAAGACGAUGCUCGAAGAACUCAGCGCGCAGUUGAAGGAAAUCACCGUCGCCUCGCGACAACAAGCCGAAUCCACGCAGCCGCGAGACGAGGACGUCCACGAAACUUCGUUCGCGGACUAUCUCGCACACGAAGCCGCCGAGGCCGAGGCGGCGAUGCAAAGCAACGAUUUGUACGCCCAGAGAUUGGAUGAAGAAAUUGCCAAGGUUGAGCGCGAGAUGCGCGGCGGCGCUGCGAAGCCGCCAAAGUCGACGCCGACGCGUUCGCGCGACGCCUCUCCUUCUCCGAUCCAACGACAGAACGUCAUCGACACCGCAAAAGAGGCCACGCAAGUCGCGUUAGACGUGUGCGAGUCCACAAAACAGCGUGCGGUGUACUACAAGGGCGUUGCGAAAAUGGUUUACGGCAAGCUGCAGACGCAAAAAGCGUCCUACGACGCCAAGCUCGCCGCGCUCAAGCUUAAACUCGAUGCCGUCGUCACCGCGCCCGCGACGCCAUCGCUUAAAACCCCACUCAGCGCGAUCGCUCGCGAACACUCAUUUCUCUUAGACACGUAG